UGUGUGUGUGUAUUUUUCAGGGACCACUGACAUUCAGGGAUGUGGCCAUAGAAUUCUCUCUGGAGGAGUGGCAAUGCCUGGACACUGCACAGCGGAAUUUAUAUAGAAAUGUGAUGUUAGAGAACUACAGAAACCUGGUCUUCCUGGGUAUUGCUGUCUGUAAGCCAGACCUGAUCAUUUGUUUGGAGCAAGAAAAAGAGGUCUGGAGUAGGAAGAGCCAAGAGAUCAUGGUGGCCAAGCCCCCAGUUAUGCGUUCUCAUUUUGCCCAACACCUUUGGCCAGGGAAGAAUGUAAAAGAUUCUUUCCAAAAAGUGACACUGGAAAGAUACGGAAAAUGUAGACGUGAGAAUUUACCAUUAACAAAAGGCUAUAAAAGUGUGUGUGAGUGUAAGGUGCAAAAAGGAGUUGAUAAUGGACUCAACCAAUGUUUGAGAACUACCCAGAGCAGAGUAUUUCAAUGUGAUAAAUAUGUGAAAGUCUUUCAUAAGUUUUCAAAUUCAAACAGACGUAAGAUAAGACAUACUAAAAAGAAACCUUUCAAAUGUAGAGAAUGUGGCAAAUCAUUUUGCAUGAAUUCAUACCUAACUCGACAUAGCAGAAUUCAUACUAGAGUAAAUUUCUACAAAUGUGAAGAAUGUGGAAAAGCCUUUAACUUGCCCUCAACCCUUACUCAACAUAAGAGAAUUCACACGGGAGGAAAACCCUACAAAUGUGAAGAAUGUGGCAAAGCUUUUAACCGGUCCUCAAGACUGACUCAACAUAAGAAAAUUCAUACUGGAGAGAAGCCCUACAAAUGUGAAGAAUGUGGCAAAGGUUUUAAAUGGUCCUCCAACCUUUCUAAACAUAGGAAAAUUCAUUCUGAAGAAAAAUGUUACAAAUGUGAAGAAUGUGGCAAAGGUUUUAAGUGGUCCUCCAACCUUAUUACCCAUAAGAAAAUUCAUACUGGAGAGAAACCCUAUGAAUGUGAAGAGUGUGGCAAAGCCUUUAUCCAUUCCAUAAACCUUACUAAUCACAAGAAAAUUCAUACUGGAGAGAAACCUUACAAAUGUCAAGAAUGUGGCAAAGCCUUUAAGCAGUCCUCACACCUUAUUAAACAUAAGAAAAUUCAUAUGCAAGAGAAAGCCCACAAAUGUAAAGAAUGUGGCAAAUGUUUUAAAUGGUCCUCCAGCCUUAAUACCCAUAAGAAAAUUCAUACUGGAGAGAAACCCUACAAAUGUGAAGAAUGUGGCAAAGAUUUUAAAUGGUCCUCCAACCUUAUUGCUCAUAAGAAAAUUCACACUGGAAAGAAACCCUACAAAUGUGAGGAAUGUGGCAAAGCUUUUAUCCGAUCCUCAAAACUUACUGAACAUAAGGAAAUUCAUACUGAAGAGAAAUUUUACAAAUGUGAAGAAUGUGGCAAAGCCUUUACCCGGUCCUCAACACUUACUACUCAUAAGAAAAUUCAUACCGGAGAGAAAGCUUACAAAUGUGAAGAAUGUGGCAAAGCCUUUAACCAGUCCAGACACCUUACUGUUCAUAAAAAAAUUCAUACUGGAGAGAAAGCUUACAAAUGUGAAGAAUGUGGCAAGGCCUUUAACCAAUCCUCAACACUUGCUACUCAUAAGAAAAUACACACUGGAGAGAAAGCCUACAAAUGUGAAGAAUGUGGCAAAGCCUUUACCCAGUCCUCCACACUUUGUACUCAUAAGAAAAUACAUACUGGAGAGAAACCUUAUAAAUGUGAAGAAUGUGGCAAAGCCUUUAAGCACUCCUCAACCCUUACUACUCAUAAGAAAAUUCAUAUUGGAGAGAAAGCUUACAAAUGUGAAGAAUGUGGGAAAGCCUUUAACCUGUACUCAGGCCUUGCUAGUCAUAAGAAAAUUCAUACUGGUGAGAAACCUUAUAAAUGUGAAGAAUGUGGCAAAGCCUUUAACCGGUCCUCAACCCUUACUACUCAUAAGACAAUUCAUACUGGAGAGAGACCUUACAAAUGUGAAGAAUGUGGCAAAGGCUUUAAAUGGUCCUCCAACCUUACUGCCCAUAAGAAAAUUCAUACUGAAGAGAAACCUUACAAAUGUGAACCAGUCUUCAAACCUUAUUAAACAUAA